AUGAAAGUCAACACCAAUACACAGCACCAACUCGAAAUGUUCCAUCAAGAGGCACGAUUAAUGCGAAUGUACGAUCAUAGAGGUCAAACGCCUGUCUCACAAAUCGAAACCACUGCGGCAAGAAUUCACGCAAAACUGCAACAAUAUGGGCAAAAAAAAGUUUAUUGUAAACUAUACCUGCAUUCCAGGAAUGUGGUUAAGCUCCAUGGUAUGGUUUACAGUGAAGACGAUGUAAUGGUAGUUAUGGAACUGGUCAGCGGUGGAGGUUUGAACACGUACUUAAAACAGAAGAAGCUAAUGCCAUUGAUAAAAGCAAGCUUCUGCUACGACAUUGCUGCCGGCCUCGCAUAUCUGCACUCAAAAAACUGCAUGCAUCGAGAUGUAGCAGCUCGUAAUUGCCUUGUUACAACUGAUGGACGGAUGAUCAAACUUUCCGAUUUUGGAUUGGCAGCUCAUGGAAGCCGAAUUAAACUGCCAUCAACUGAACGAGUCCCAAUCCGAUGGCAAGCUCCAGAAGUGCUCUUCUAUCAUGUUUACUUGCGUGAAAGCGAUGUCUGGUCUUACGGUAUGCUGAUGUCUGAGAUCUACAACGACGGUAAAGUUCCAUUUCACGACAAAUCUGUGGCAGAGAUUCGAUCAAAG